UGCUGCUGAGGGCUGAGUGCUGAGUGCUGAGUGCUGCCUUCUCUCCAACUCCAAAGAGUAAAGAGCCGAAAAAGGAUCGAUUCACACUUCUCAUUUCUCAGUUCUGAUCCCUUCAGAUCUCUCUCUCUCUUCAAUCUCCAAAUUCUCUCAUCAACAAAAAUUGAUUCUCAGUUUUAGAGAGAGAAAGCAAGGAAUCUCUUCUCAAAUCUACGCCUCGCAUGGCUACCUUGCAUAAAUUCAAGCUCUUAGCCUCCCAAUGUACCGUUGCUGGAAGCCCUACCCGAAGCCCCACCGCUAGCCCCGUAAUUCACCUCCGCCGCCGCCGCCGAAAAACCCUAAGAAUGCUCCUCAAUCGCACCGAUCGCCGCCGAUUUCCCUAUCAAGAUAACUCCGCCGAUCCUCAAGAUGUCGACGACGAGGAGGACGAUGAGAAUAUGAUUCCCGAGAAAAAUGAGAAGGAGGUCAGAGCCAGGAGGAAACUCAAGGAUUUGUUCGUCUCCUCGCCGCCGGGAGAUGAUAAGGUCUCCGAUAGGAGAAUCGAAGAGCAGGAGGGAUUGUUAACGGCGUCUAACACCAGCGCCGCCGGAAUCGGUACCUCCACCACUCGCCGCUCCCUGAGGCCGAUAUCGUCGACAUUCCGUUACAGAUUUCUCCGACGAGCUUGGCGUCCGGUGCUCGUCGCCAUUCCCGAGUAGAAGAUGCUCCUCUCUGGUAAAUCUGUGCGCAGAAAUUCCAUAAUUUUGCCUUAAUUUUUCUUUUUUCCUUUU